GGCUACACCUACGCCUAUCUCGACGAGCAGACCAAGCGGAUGAUCCGGCGCGCCCUGCUCAAGGCCGUCGCGAUCCCCGGCUAUCAGGUGCCCUUCGGCAGCCGUGAAAUGCCGAUGCCCUUCGGCUGGGGCACCGGCGGCGUGCAGGUGACGGCGGCAAUCAUCGGACCGAGCGAUGUCCUGAAGGUGAUCGACCAGGGCGCCGACGACACCACCAACGCCGUCUCGAUCCGCAAGUUCUUCGCCGCGACGGCCGAGGUCGCAACCACCACGGCGACCGAGCGCGCCAGCAUCGUCCAGACCCGCCACCGCGUUCCCGAGACGCCCUUGCGCGACGGUCAGAUCCUGGUGCUCCAGGUGCCCAUUCCCGAACCGCUGCGCUGGCUGGAAGCGCGGGAAAGCGAAACGCGCAAGAUGCAUGCGCUGGAGGAGUACGGCGUCAUGCACGUCAGUCUCUACGAGGACCUGGCGCGCCAUGGCCGGAUCGCCAAGACCUACGACUAUCCGGUGCUGGUCGAGGAGCGCUACCUCAUGCGCCCCUCGCCGAUUCCCAAGUUCGACAAUCCGAAGCUCGACAACUCGCCGGCCCUGAUGCUCUUCGGCGCCGGACGGGAGCGGCGGAUCUAUGCUCUGCCGCCCUAUACGCGGGUCGAAAGCCUGGCCUUCGACGACCAUCCCUUCGAGGUCGAGACCUGGGAGGAGUCCUGUGCGCUCUGCGGCGCCAGCGACAGCUUCCUCGACGAGGUGAUCACGGACGAUGCCGGCGGUCGGAUGUUCGUCUGCUCAGUUCGCGGCCUGACGAAGCGCUACGGGCCACGCAUCGGCUGCGCGGAGGUUUCCUUCGACCUCUAUCCCGGUGAGGUGAUCGGCGUGGUCGGCGAGUCCGGUUCGGGCAAGACGACCCUGUUGAACUGUCUCUCCGCCCAGCUGGAGCCGAGCGAGGGGUCGGUGAUCUACGACAGCCGGGGCAAAGGUCCGGUCGAGCUCUUCGAACUGAGCGAAGCCGAACGCCGGCUGCUGCUGCGCACGGAAUGGGGCCUUGUGCGUCAGAACCCGCGCGACGGUCUGCGCAUGGGCGUCUCCGCCGGCGCCAACGUGGGCGAGCGGAUGAUGGCCGUCGGCGCCCGCCACUAUGGCGAGAUCCGAGGCCAGGCCAGCCACUGGCUGCAGCAGCUUGAGAUCGACGCGGAGCGGAUCGACGACCGUCCCGCCACCUUCUCCGGCGGCAUGCAGCAGCGCCUGCAGAUCGCUCGUAACCUCGUCACCGGGCCGAGGCUGGUCUUCAUGGACGAGCCGACCGGCGGCCUCGACGUCUCGGUCCAGGCACGGCUGCUCGACCUGCUGCGCGGGUUGGUGCGCGAUCUGGGUCUGGCCUGCAUCCUGGUGACCCACGACCUGGGGGUCGUCCGGCUGCUGUCCCACCGCCUGUUGGUGAUGCAGAAGGGACGCGUGGUGGAGGAAGGGCUGACCGAUCAGGUCCUGGACGACCCGCAGCACCCCUACAGCCAGAUGCUCGUUUCCUCGAUCCUGCCGAGCUUCACCCUGCAUACCCAGGGCGGCGUGCAGAUCCAGGCCUUGGUGAAUCUCGACCUGGAGAUCGCCGCCGGAGAGUGCCUGGCCCUGGUCGGCAGUUCCGGCGCCGGCAAGUCCUCCCUGCUGCGCUGCUUGACCGGCAACUAUCUGCCUGACAGCGGCUCAAUCCGGGUGCGCCGGGACGCCAGCUGGAUCGAGCUGGUCGGUGCCAAUCCCCAGACGGUGCUGGAACUGCGCCGCGCCACCAUCGGCUAUGUCAGUCAGUUUCUGCGGGUGAUCCCAAGGGUGCCCACCCUGGAACUGGUGAUCGAGCCCGCCGUGGCGGCGGGCGUCCCGCGACGCGAAGCCGAAGCCCGCGCCCACGAUCUGCUGAAACAUCUGAACCUGCCCGAGCGACUCUGGCCGUUGGCACCGGCCACCUUCUCAGGCGGCGAGCAGCAGCGGGUCAACAUUGCCCGAGCCUUCGCUUUUCCCUACCCGAUUCUGCUGCUCGACGAACCGACGGCGUCACUGGAUGCACAGAAUCGCAAAGCAGUCAUAGACUUGAUAGAGGAUGCGCGCCGCAAGGGCGCCGCAAUCAUCGGCAUCUUUCACGAUGCGGAAACCCGCACCGCCGUUGCCACCCGCGAGAUCCCGCUCCACGAGGUGAAUCUGACCAAUGCGCGCCUGGUUCUGCCGGACCGGGUGGUCGAGGGCUCCGUCUCCCUACGCGACGGCCUGGUCGCCUCGGUCGACGAGGGCCAUGUCGCGCGCGCGCCGGCGAUGGACCUGGAAAACGAUUGGCUGCUGCCGGGCCUGAUCGAGCUGCACACCGACAACCUUGAGGGUCACGUCAAGCCCCGCCCCAAGGUGGUCUGGCCGAUGCUGCCGGCCCUGCUGGCCCACGACGCCGAAUUGACGGCCGCCGGCAUCACCACGGUCGUCGAGGAGAUCCGCGCCGCCGAGGCGGCACGUCUGCUGCGCAGCGAUCACCGCAUCCACAUCCGCCUGGAAAUCUGCAAGUCCAGCGUGGUCCAGGACUUCGCCGACUUCCAGGACGAACCGCUACUGGGCAUGUGCUCCCUGAUGGAUCACACGCCGGGCCAGCGGCAGUUCGCCAACCUGGAGGCCUACCGCACCUACUACAUGGGCAAGAUGGGCUUCGGCGAGGCGGAGAUGGACGCCUACAUCGACGCCCGCCUGGCCGAUCACGAGCGCUGGUCCGGACCGAACCGGACCGCGCUGGCCGCGAUGAUCCGCGAGACCGACGUCGCGCUGGCCAGCCACGACGACGCCACGGAGGCGCAUGUCUCGGAAGCGGCAGCACUGGGCCUGACCAUCAGCGAGUUUCCGACCACGCUGGAGGCCGGCCGGGCCUGCCGCCAUCACGGCCUGACCACCAUCGGCGGCGCGCCCAAUCUCGUGCGCGGCAAAUCGCACUCCGGUAACGUCGCAGUCAGCGAUCUGGCGCGCCAUGGUCUGUUGGAUGCUCUGGCCAGCGACUACGUCCCCGCCAGCCUGCUGCUGGGCGUCUUCCGCCUGCACGACGACCUGGGCUGGGAUCUCUCCCAGGCGGCGGCGGUCGCAAGCCGCAACCCGGCCCGCAUGGUCGGCCUUGACGAUCGCGGCGAGCUUGCCGAGGGCCAGCGCGCCGACCUGAUCUGGGUGACCCGCAGCCACGACCUUCCCGUGGUGCGCGGCGUGUGGCGCGGCGGCCGCCGCCGUUGCGCCCUCUACUUCGCACCCUCCCCCGACUCGGCGCUGGCGGCCUUCGCAUCGGCCUGGUUCGGCCGCGGAGACAAUCGCGAGAUCACCGCCUCGCCGCGCCACUACGGCUUCCACGCGACGCUGAAACCGCCGUUCCGUUUCGCCGAGGGGCACGACCUCUGCGCGCUGAAAGAGCGACUGCGCGCCUUCGCGGCCGAGCAGCCGCCGGUGACGGUCGGCCGCUUAUUGGUCGGCAACCUCUCGGGCUUUCUGGCAUUGGUGCCAGCGGCUGCGCCGCCGACGUUGGGCGAACUGGCGCAGGCCUGCGUGUCGCGCUUCGACAGCUUUCGGGCCCCGCCGAGUGCCGCCGAGUUGGCCAAGCGACGCGGCAAGGGUUUGAGCGCCCGUCACGAGGAGCUGCUGCAACGCUGGGGCUAUCCCCACGUCUUCGACCAGUUCCGCUGGCACAUGACGCUGACGGCGAAGCUGCCGGAGGCCGAGCGUGCGCGCUGGCACGCCGAACUGAAAGACCUUGCAGCUCCGGCACUGGAAGAGCCGCUGACGAUCGAUGCGCUUUCGAUCUUCCGUCAGCCUGCCAGCGACACGUCCUUUACCGAGAUCGACCGCGUUCCCCUCACGGGGUCCGCUCCGGUGCAGGCCGCAGUCCCGGCUUAG